GGCUUUGUGAUUUAUCGGACGACUUACACCAGCCAUCUCGACUGGGACCAAUGUCUCCACCGCCUCCGCCACCAGCACGCCGAAACUCUCGCUUUCGACCACGCCGCAGACUUGCUGGAAUCGAACCCCUUUACCGUCUUCGACGAUGCGACUCGUUUCGAAAACGCCACUGCGGCGGAGAUACGCCAGCAUUUCAACGAGUGGUGCAACACGGCACCGAUGUUCGAACAAGGCACCUUACCCCACCGCAGCGGCGUGGGCGCCAUCCGUCGCGAUAGAUACGGCUCGCCUCGCUAUCGUCUCUGUAUCUCCAUCGACGAGGGAGCGAUGCGAAGCAUUAUCAACGACGACUCAGACUCGUGGUUGGACAGUAAGGGAUACGUGAACCUUAUCCGCGGGGCGUGGAGGCCCCAGCCAGAAGAGGAGUUACAAGAAGAAGCGCGACUAUACGGGAGGUCGAGUCCGAAAAUGUGGGAAGCAGUGGAGGGUGUGACGCAGGAGGAUGUCGGGUGGUGUAGGAUCAGUUAUGCGGAGGUGGUGAUGUGGUAUCAUUUGUUUGGACGCAUGCAUGAGGGGGAUUUGUGGGGGAGGAGUUUUCGGAGGUGGCCGGAGGUUGUGAGGUGUUGGUGA